UCUCAGCGGUGAGCGGAGUUUGUAACCGUGCGUAAUAGCUCGAAAAACGUCUUUUAGCCUGUUUUAUUUGGCCCGUUUGUUCUGUCGCCGUAACUCGUCGGCCCCGCUGGCCUCCCGUCAUCGAUUCUCGCGGUCGUGUCGGUCGGACAGAGCCGUAUCGUGAAAACGUUGUGCACGCGAAACUUGGACGUCGUUUCCCCUUUCACCGACACGGUGCGUCUACGUCGACGAAACGAGAGUGAGAGAGAAAGACACGGUGGAACGAGGGAAUCGACAGUGACGAGAGGAACGAGGACGACGAAAACGACGCAGACGGUGACGACGACCACGACCGCGACCACGACGUCGACGACGACGACGACGCCGACGACGGCAACGACGACGACGACGACGACAACGACGGGUCGCCGUGGUUUCGCGAGGCGAGGCCGGCCGAACCGGUGCGAGAAUCCGUGAUCGUUCUCUAUCGUAUUGCGUGGUGCAUGUCCGUGAUACAGACGGAGCAGCGGCCGUGGAAAAGCGACGAGAGAGAUUUGAUUGAAAAGCAGUGACGUGUGCUACACGUGUAUAUUUUGUGCUAGUGUUUCGAUCGGGCCUGCCGCGUUAGAAAGGACCGCUGUGUCAGUCGCAGACCACCGGGAUUUCACGGUGUAUACCUCGUCGUUAUAUGGUGGUGAUAGUUGAGCAUCCAGGGGAGGAGGGUGGCAGCAAGGCCCAGGGCGAUGUGGCUUACAAGCGGGAAAGCUCGAGGAGGUGAUAACGACUUCUGACCUCCCGUGAGAGACCCUACCGUGGCGGAGAGGGCCUUGCCAUCGAUCGUCAAGUAAAAGGCUCACCAUUCAGAAGAAAACGAAGAAGAGAAGGCGGAAGAAGCAGCAGAAGAAGACGAAGAAGAAGAAACGACGACGGAGAAAAACGGUGAGACGAAGGAGGAAGAGAGGCGAGCUCUAGGGGAUCGAGAAACACGCACUAGCUGGGAGAAAGGGUGGAGAAAAAGGGCAGGAGAACCUUGAAAAGUAGUCCCCUUACCCGCGGCUGUUUCGCCAAGACAAGACACAUUCUCCCCAGCGGGAUCGCUGCGUGUGCGUAUCGCUCCUAACAUUUUAAAACUUCUACCUUGAGAACAUAUACCUCGUACGAACAAGUACCUUCAAACUUAAACCUCUUUCGCAGCGCAAUAGUGCCUAGGCCCCUCCGAAGAACGCAACUACAAAUAAUAAAUAAUAAUACAAAUAAUAUUAUUAACGAUAACGACGUUAUCUAUAUAUAUAUACACACACAUAUAUAUAUAUAUAUAUAUAUACAUACAGAGACACAAGCGAGACAAAUUAUUAUUCGAUACGAUUAAGUGAUCUAUAGUCGCAAGAGAAGAGUUUAAUUGUAUUGUUCGGCCAGGAACAAAGUCACCUACGCGCAAUCUGUGUGACCGUGUCAUCUAUAUCUGUCUCUUUCUAUAUACAUGUAUAUGCAAGAACGUUGUACAGGUCUCUUCGGAUAAAAAGAGUAUAAAGAGGAACCCCGUGACCUGCGAUCAGCGCACGGACGCACCAGAAGAAACCGUUCGGUUUGUCGAGAGAUUCGAUCAGGAAUUCUCGUUGAUAACGUCACCAUCCCCCCUCCCCCCUUCUUUCACCCCCAACACACCCCCUGCCCAACCCUGUCACGAUUCCGCAAAACCUAACCAUCCAAUCUGUAACCGCCCCUCCGUUUAAUCGAUUCUACGAACCAGGACAGCAAAGUACCUGCAGACACAGAUAUAUUUAUAAUAAUAAUUUAUAUAAUAAUAGCGAUACCGAAUAGUAAUAGCACGACGUUAGCGAUAACGGCUAAGGGCAAAGAGAAUAAUAAUAGCAACUAAUAGGAUAGAUCACUACGUAAUAAGUGACGAGAAGAGGACGAAGGAGACAAAGCAAGGAUCGUACAACAGAGUGUGAACGCUUAAAUAAUUCUAUACGCGCUAUGGUUAGAGUACUUCUACUUUGCGGUUAAUCUACUCAGCGAUUGCGGGGCCUGUUCUACAUAUAUACGAUCAAGAUACCUCAAGACAGCAACGGGCGACAAUUCGAUUCGAGCAGUAUGCACCUGCAGCCGAGGUUCGAGGCGCGCGUCAAGAUGCGGUAGAGGAAGUCCCUUGAACCGCGACGAAACAGGCGCCGGAGGAAAGUCGAAGGAACAAUCGAGCCUGGUUGCAACUCGGUCGUUCGCGUCCGUUCGUGAUAGACAGAGUAUAAGCGAGCAUAAUAGGAACCGAAAGGAAAGGAAACGGUACGAGAAGCAUCCGGGAGGGAUACCCUGCCGUCGAAAGGCGACGAGGGAUCUGCGUGGGCGACGGUACCGAAGGGUUUAUUCCGCGAACGAUCAGAGGAUCGUCCAUCUUGGCCGCGGUGGUCGUUGAAACAAGAGAGUGCUCGUUAUUUUUAUCCGCGAGUGCAUAAUCGUUCGGGGGCGCGAAACCCUGAACUCUGAGUAUUUACGAAUAGAAUAGAAAGCACUGCCUUCCCCGCGCGGAACCGAGAGGAACCAAGAGGAACGUGGGCCGCGAGCAGAGAGAGAGAGCGGGUAAAGGGAGUUCGAUCCCGUGAUCCCGAGAUCCGGGGUAACCGAUACCGUCGAGAGUCGUCGAGGAAAGCAACCGGAAGCGAGCUACAGAGGGAGGUGGACAGAGGUGAGCAGAGGACCCGUCACGGUGGCCAGCUUAGUGAGCGGCAACGUAGCGGUGCGUUACGAUGAGGCGACGGGAGUGGUUGGCACGGGGGGUGUCGUGUUGGCAGCCACUUCCAGGUUAGCCGCAGCCGAUCCAGCCGCGUCCAGCAUGGACACCAGCGACUCCAGCAUGGACACGACGAACGGAGGCUCGGCGACCGGGGCAGCGAGCGUAGGUACGCUCGCCUCGGUGGUGUCUGGAGCGGCGUCCUUGACGCUGAUCAAGGCCGAGACGCCGGAACACCUGGCUGGUACCUCCACGACGCCCUCGUCGGUCACCGGACCGGUUACAGCGGCCACCGGCCUCUUCGCCGCCAUCGCCAGCGGCAAUAAAAGCUCGCGACCGGACGAUUGGUUGUCCACGAACAGUCCUGGAUCGCCCUCCGCCACGCUGCAGAACCAGCACGUGGUGUACACGACUCCUCAGCAACAGCUGAGUGACUCGCAGCAACAGCAACCCCCCUUGGCACACUCCAGCCCCCUGGCACACCAACAGCAGCAACCCGCCAGCAACAAUGGAUACGCCAGUCCUAUGAGCACCAGCAGCUACGAUCCUUACAGUCCCAACAGUAAGAUAGGUAGGGACGAGCUGUCGCAGCCUGGCUCUUUGAACGGCUAUGGAAGCGGAGGCGGAGGAGGUGGAGGAGGCGGAGGAGGCGGCGGUGCCGACGGCUGCGACGCCAGGAAGAAGAAAGGACCGACGCCGCGGCAGCAGGAAGAACUGUGCCUGGUCUGCGGGGACCGCGCCUCCGGGUACCACUACAACGCCCUGACCUGCGAGGGUUGCAAGGGCUUCUUCCGGCGCAGCAUCACGAAGAACGCGGUCUAUCAGUGUAAAUACGGGAACAAUUGCGAGAUCGACAUGUACAUGCGGCGCAAGUGUCAGGAGUGCAGGCUGAAGAAGUGUCUGACCGUCGGCAUGAGGCCGGAGUGCGUUGUGCCGGAGUAUCAGUGCGCUGUGAAACGCAAGGAGAAGAAGGCGCAGAAGGAAAAGGAUAAGCCGAACAGUACAACGAUGAACGGUUCGCCAGGCAGCGGAAUACGCAGCGACCAAAUGGGCGUGAAGAUCGAACCAGCGGAAGCCGAAUCCUUGUCCACGUCCGGGAGCAGUGGUAUUCUAACCCCCGUCAGCCCUUACGGCUACGUGAAGCCGAUUAGCCCCGAACAGGAGGAGCUGAUACACAGGCUCGUCUACUUUCAAAACGAGUACGAGCAACCCAGUGAAGAAGAUCUCAAGAGGAUCACGAAUCAGCCGUCGGAGGGUGAGGACAUCAGCGAUUACAAGUUCAGGCACAUCACCGAAAUCACGAUCCUGACGGUGCAGUUGAUCGUCGAGUUCUCGAAGAGGUUACCCGGCUUCGACGAGCUGUUACGCGAGGAUCAGAUCGCCCUGCUGAAAGCCUGUUCCAGCGAGGUGAUGAUGCUCCGAAUGGCAAGGAAGUACGACGUGCAAACGGACAGCAUAAUAUUCGCCAAUAACCAGCCGUACACGAGAGACAGCUAUAACGUAGCAGGCAUGGGCGAAACGAUCGAGGAUCUGCUGCACUUCUGUCGGCAGAUGUAUGCCAUGAAAGUCAACAACGCAGAGUACGCGUUGUUAACGGCCAUUGUCAUAUUCUCAGAGAGGCCAAACCUGCUGGAAGGCUGGAAAGUGGAGAAGAUCCAGGAGAUCUACUUGGAGGCGUUGAAAGCGUACGUGGACAACAGACGCAGGCCAAAGUCCGGCACGAUAUUCGCCAAGCUGUUGUCCGUAUUGACAGAGCUGCGGACCCUCGGUAACCAGAACAGCGAGAUGUGCUUCAGUCUGAAGUUCAAGAACAAAAAGCUGCCACUUUUCCUCGCCGAGAUCUGGGACGUGACGCCCUAGUUUCCCCGUAGCCGGUCACCGGCGCCCGCGCCGAUCGGCUAACAAGUGUUUAUCAGUCCGCGCGACGUCGAAGACGACGCUGGAGCGCGGCGAGAGACGACGAGCUAAACGUGGACGUUGAGAUAACGGCGUGCGCGACAUGUUGUACACUAAGUGCACCAACCAUGCCACUGCCCUCGGCGUCGACGAAGUCGGCCGCGCGUCCGAAAACAAGCAAACCCAGGUCGUUACGAGUCGCUACGCUCAGUUUCCCGGGGCUCUGCGCGGCCCUUCGACGAAGAGACCGGAGAGAGCCAAAGGCGUCGCGUUCGAGCCCAGACGCGGGGAAAACGAGAGCUCGAGGAAUAAAAGUAGGGAUUACAAAAGAAUACGAAGAAGGCAGUGGCGAGGCAUCCAGGCUGUGAUACGUAGAGACAGUACAGAGACUGUAAUAAGGAGCUACCUACAGUUAUGUUAUUACUAUAUCCUCUACCUGGCUACCCCCGGAAUCGAUAUGUAAAUGUCUAAUGUAUAAUGUAAGGUACAGGUUUAAGGCAGGCGCGUCGUACGUGAAGAUUUAAGGCAGUACGAAUCUAAAUAAAAGCUAAGACAACAGAGUUAGGAAGCGAGAGAGAGAGAGAGAGAGAGUACGAGCGAACGAGAGAAAGAGAGAAAGAGAGAGAGAGAAUGAGUGUUCAACGUAUGCGUGCAAUUCGGAUGAGAAAGACACGGAGAGACGAAAAGAUGAUUAAGAAAAAAAAAAUGAUUAUCGCACUAGUAGCGUGCCGGACAGAGGUCGAAACAAAGGUCGGGGCAGCUGUUGAGCAGCUACUCGGCCACCCACGAAUCGAGUGCGAAGUAACAAACAAAAAGAAGAAUAACAAAUGAUACGAUUAUACAUAAUGAUACCAUAGAGUCUAUAUCACACACAUAGCAUAAUAAUAUAUUGCUAGCAUGUACAUUGUUUAUACGAGAAAGGGUAACGGGGGUGAGACAGAGUGAACGUGAGAGAGAAAGAAAGAAAGAGGUUUCGAGGUAAAGGUUGCGUUUGUUUCCGGGAACGAUGUUACGGGGAAACGAGUAUCUCCCGCGACGGAAAGGUCGGAAGACGAGGCUUGGCAUUUGCGCGCGUCCGGGAUUUUCUUUUUCGCGAACUUGGCAGAAGAACGACGGGUAAACGAGCGGGGAACGUGGGAAUAACGUAGUAGAAACGUAGGAAGUAAGUAAAGUAAGUAAGCGAGGCUAGUUGGUAGUAGGUCGUAGUAAGUCAGUGAAGCUAGGCUAGGUGACCGAGUUCAAGUGCAAAGCCUUGUGCCUUCAGCAGCGGACAUCGGCUCACCGACAAACGAAAUCAUGAAAUUUAACCGUCCGUUUUAAUUUUUUAAUAAAAAAAAAAAUCAACAAAAUCAAGUAAAAUAUCGUAAAAAUCUGUGCGGAGCGAGAGAGCGUGAGAGAGAAUGAGCAAACGUGGAGUUAAAAAAGAAAUUAUUUAGACGGUUGAGAGAGUAGGGAUUGAAAGAGGGGUAGAACGAGAAAGAGUGUGAAUGAUGAUCGGAGGGAGGGAUUCGAGGUAGGGAAACGGGUUUCGCGAGAAAUUUACAAGAACUGGAUGGUGUGCGGUAUAAACAAGAACAAAGAUCUUUCUAAGGAGAAACACGGAACAGGGUCGCGAAAGAUGGGGAAGAAGUACAGGUUCGGUGGAAGGGGGUUGGAACCAGUGAUCAUCACGGAUUAGGAGUACUUAUUUGUUUGCUCGACGACUUGAGACUUUUGAGACUCGCCAGACCCUGCAACGUAAUAUGCUAGCAUAAAAUACACGACCGUCGUAAACAAACAAGAAGGGGGGGCGCUGAAAAUUGAGAACAGCAGAUAGCCCCGGCAGCUUCUGGGACUGAUUUUCAGUUCGCUCACCCUCGAGAUAGAAACUCGUACACUGGGGGUAACAAAACACUUACACGCACGUACAGUAUACACGAACGCGCGCACACAGACAACGACAAACACGUACACGCGCUCGCAAAAAUCGAACGACCGAGCGGAGAAAAGCAGUCGAACGCAAUUGAUAGGCACACACACACACAGACACAUACACACUCACGCGUCGCUACAGUUACAUGUACACUAAAAUUCUCGAUGUUGUAACACUGUAACUCUAUGCUAUUAACUGAUUGUACGCAGUUGUAUUCCGUAGUAAAUACCAAACGCAAGUUAAGCAAAAGAAACAAAAGAAAAAAAAAAUACGUAAUUCGUGUUAACAUGUAUUAACGCGUGCGAGAUGGUAAUCCGAACGAGAGACAGGAGCGAAAGGGAGAACGCGCGGUGCAAUUCAGUUUUUUUUCCAACGACGUUUCGAGGGGCGUAAUUUAGGGGGAAUAAUCAACAAUGAAAAGCGGACAGUCAGAUAAGAGCGUCGGUUCCAUACAUAGAACGGUGAACGAGACGGGAGCGACUGCUAGUACUUCGCCUAGGACAUCUAGAAACAUCGUAUAUAUGUAUAUACGUAUCGUGUUCUACUAUUGUAACGUUAUAUCUGUUACGCGUUAAACGAAGCAAAUAGCAAAACGAUAAAUUUAAACCAUUGCACGCGUGUAAACGUUUCUCCUUCGAUCUCGUCGCUCCGUGGCGGUGGGAAAGACGGCCCCCCAAGAUCCACGAUAAAGAACAAUCAUUUUAGAUGGCUUCCCGACACCCCGGAGCGGCGUGGCUCGAACCGCGGAGACGACGAAAAAAAAAAAAAAAUACAAAAUGAUUAAAGAACUGUACACUAGGUAAAACGCCGUAAGGCAGACACUGCCACACCGCAGAGUGUACGCGAGAACACCACGAAACGAACGUCGCAAGAAGCACGGAGCAGAGCUAACACGGUGAAAAGAGUACAUCGAGGAGAGGACGCGCGAGGAAAUAAGGGUUGGGGGAGGGGAAUACAAAAAAGCAACGUCACGCAAACCAUCAUCGCCAUCUCCUACCGACGACGCGCGUCAUUUCAGUUUCUUAACGACGAAGAUAUCUAUGUGUACUCUCGGGAACUCGGAGACACCGUCUCGAAGCGUUGCUGGCCCGCGAAAACAACUUACGAGCUCUUCGAGGCACUUUAAGAGCCCGUGUCCGGAUCGUUUAGAUCGAGCUACGUACUUGAACAACAUAGCAGGCGAUGCAAAGGGGGCGUUCUUGAAAAUCGAAGUAUAAUUAAAUAAACUGAUUCGAGGCUUCUACUGUCGAAUGUAUGGAAGCUCCAAGAAAACCUGGGCCCCAUCGUCCGAAGUAGGUAGCCUCCAGAUGCUCGUCAUCGAGGAAAUUAACAUACGACUUCGAGGAAGGAACUGAGAAUAGAAACAGCAUCCAGGAGACUCGAUGAAACGUAGAACUUCUGGCUGGUCGGCAACGCGUCGAGAUAGAGAGGGAACCUGGUACAGAGACAACAUACAAAAACACUUGCACGCACCUGUACUCCGCAUUGUUGUACCACACACUCGUGCAUCUACCGCGUUGAGUGCUUUCAGGCAUCGACGUUUUUAUGUGAGAGAAACACGUGAGAAAGAGACAGAGUGAAUGAAAACGCCGAACGCAAAGGGAGCAGGGAAGAAGUUUCUUAAAGACACAGGCCACACUGUAACAGGCAUUGCCUCUAUCGUCGAUCUGCGGCGUCGUCGAGGAUACCACUGAUCGACGAGCAUCAUCGACACGUUCGUUUUGGGCUUCUAUAAUUCUUAACGAGUAACGUUUAAGGGUACUGCGCGCGAGGACAGCUUGCAACAUCGUCUAUUCGUACUCGAGACUUCCUUUUUGAUUCGCUUUAGGUAAACACUGUUUAGAUACGUAAUCUGUUUAAGGGUACUGCAACGGUCGUGAACACGUUCGCAAUUCGUAGAAUUGUUCUCGCAUGUGCGAGCCACGGGUUGACGUUCGCCUCAGAUCAAUUUUGACCUCGGUUUGAUCAGACGAGCUCUUUCAUUCUUUCUUAAUCGCAUUAACGACUUGAUUGGUUAGAGAUAAUCGAUGAUGAUCGUUUAAAUACUGGUCUAGAAAAGUAGCUGGACACUUUGCGUGGAAUUUGUUUUUAGUAGUCGGUUCAAAAAACGCAUUUCAUAUCUUAUAUUUUGUGGUUUUCUUCAGAGUCGUUGCUUUGGUUGCUAGAAAAUGCAGAUUUGCAACUGCAAUUGCUAGAAAUAAAUAAGAUAAUCAGUAUAAGCCGUUCACUGUCCAUGACCCGUAUACGGGUCAUAGCGCCACGCUUUUAGAUAUGUUGCUAAGGGGCUGGACAGUGAACGUCUGAAUAUUAUUUUCUAUGAUCGAUAUGGACAAAUCUAUUGCGCGUUUCAGCUUCGAGGAAUAAUUUCGUUUCUAAUGAAUCGUUUGUUGGACAGUUGAGUGGUGGAUCAAGAAGAUUUUGAAUUUUGACGAACAGGAAAGAUUUCAGAGCUCGACUCAUCGAACAACGUUGUCUUGUUUUUGGUACUCCCAGCUAAAAUAGGGAGUUCGAGAACGUCAGCCUCUCGCAAGCGGUCACGAGAGCCUAGAACGGAAUCGACAGUCCUGCAGGGAGAUCCCCUAUACUUUGAAGCGCAGAAAAAUCGUCACGGACCGUCGACGGCAGGUCGUCAUCGACACUGUUUCGUUUCGUAGAGUUUAGAACCAACCCCUUUGACAGAUGCUUCCCCGUUGAACAAAGGACGAUCGAACGGCGGCCAUCGUGAUUCCCGACGCAAGCAAUUUGCCUUGUUACGAGCAGAAAGAAACAUUGAUAAGUGAAACUUUUACAAGAAAUCGGACUUCAAAGAACAGGCUUGACCUGUAAAACAUACAAAACACUCAAUGCAGUGUUUUCCAAUUUUGACAACCCUCAAACGCAACCAAGUUUUGAAAGAGUUCAAUAUAAAUAGCUAUUCGAAAUAAAAAAAAAAUUUUAAUUUGUGUCGAAUGUAUUAAGAGUAGAAUGUAAAUGGGUUUGACUAAGUUUUGGGGCGAUUCCUUCCAGGACCGAUCCUUCUUUCUGGCCGCGAUAGAGGCGCGAGGGCCAGGAACGCGAUAAAGUGGAGUCGCGCGAAACUUGAACCGCCCGGGGCGACGUUUUCUCCCCCGGCAGGUUUCGCGUCCAGAGAUUCUCUCGGUAGAUGGUCGGGAAUCAAGGUGAACCGCAUCCUUCGACAAAUCAGAAACCGGUCAUACGUUACUCCGCGAGAAGAACAACCGAAUAAAAAGAAAAAGAAAAAUAAUGGUAAAAAGCGAAGAAGCAGAGCGGACCAGAGUGUAUAGAGGAACGCGAGAGAAGAACAAGCGGGAGGGGGGUUGAGAGCCAACGGGGGAAGGGAGAAAACUGCACACGGACACAGAGACACGCCAUACACACAUGCACGCGCGACGCGCAGAGUACACGAGACGAUGAGAGAAACAGAAAAAAGUAAAACGAAAAUUAAAAAAAAAAAAAAAAAAAAUGUGAAAAAAAAAGAACAUGCAAUUCUACGAUCACUGCCAAGGGCGUUAACCGUUGACGUCGAUUUCUCAUUGUCUGAAUGUCGUAGUCGGUUUUUCUCCCCCUCGCGAUUCAAGCCGACGAGUGCGAAAUGCUACCGCAAAAAACGAUUAUAUACAAAAGAAGACACUACCACGCGCGUCGCAUACGACAUAGGGAUAUUAAGAAUAACGAAAAAAAAGAAAAAAAGAAGGGGAAAAAAAACGCAAAAAAUAUAUUAUAUACACACACGUGCGCCCGCUCGAUUUCGAAUUGCCGUUUGACGAGGACGAGCGAGCGAUUUGUUCAUGAUACUGCCAAUGCGUAGACUCGAGUUUCUGUGUUUUUUAAGGAACAACUAUAAUACUCCUUUUAAAUGUGUCGAGCCACACGUUGUACACGAUCACACGCGCGCGCACACACACACAGACACGCCCAUAAACGUGUACACACCACAUUACACACACACACAUGCUGAUUAUCUACCUAUACGUACGCGCAUCGUGCCGCAAUCUCUCUUGUCUGUUUGUCCGCCCGGGUACCCUGAUCUGUCCGUUUCUCCUAGGUGUCUCCUUCGCCUCUAUGUACGUAAAAUCACACUAGACGCAGAUGUACGUGUAAAUAUUCGGGACCGGGUUACGCGAUCACGGCGACGACUGAUCCCCGGGUUCCCAAUAUUACGAAAAAAAAAUAAGGAUUCCGUUGGAUGGAACCGACGACGGACGUUAAACGCCCCCGGGAGGUUGUUGAAUCCUUCAGCAGCUUGCAGUCUGUUUCCAAGCAGGUCCUCCAUCUUCGAACGAGUCAGAGGCGACCAAAUCGUUCUGCCUAGGCAAUAAUUUCGAACAACGAAUAGAAGAUAAACCACUGUUUAUCCGUUACUCGUUAAGUACGAAUUAUAGUUUCGAAAAUAUUUUACAACGAACGGAACUGCCCCCGAGCCAAAAAGACGCGUCCAAAAGUGCUCCUUUUAUUUCUAAUUCGCUGGAAUAAUCAUUUAUUUUCUUAUUGGCAGGAAGUCCCACUUUUAAAGUGAAGAAACGGUGAAUAGGACUUCCUGUGUUCGUUAUAGAGUCGAAAUUAAUGCUAUUUUUGUUCGAUGCAAAGUGUCUCCGAAGUUGGCGUGUCGCGAGCGUGAAAAAUGUCGGUCGUCGGUGACAACCGGACGGACAGCGCCGUUUUCCCCGAGCAUUCUGCAUACUUCUAACGAAAAAUGUUGGAUGUUCGAAGGUUUGGCACGACAGUCGACCACCGUGAACGCGAACCCGAUAUUUUCAUUGUGCGCAGUAAACGAGAAGGGAAACGAUUAUUCGUUCCGCGUUCGUAAUUAGUCGACAGACGGUCGAGAAUACGGUAUUUUCUUAUUGGAUGCAACGCCGGCCCUGCGAUGAGCGAGAAAGAGAGAAUGCGUGAGUGAGAGGAAGGUUCUUGUUAUUAAUCGCGAGAUGGAGGAAGUCGUUUAAUUUAUUGGAAGCUGUAGAAAAUGGAAAAAGAAAAAGAGGAUACGAAGGAAAGCUUAUAAGUUGAAGAUUAUUAUAAAUAAAGUUAAAUGAUUAUACUUUGUUAUAGUAGUUUAUAUGUUAUUUUUCUGGGUUGUACACGAACGGAACGGUUAUUUCAUCUUUUGCUUUUUUCUCGUCCGCGUGUCGAAAUUCUAUAUUGUACAUAAAUGUUUGUAACGAGAAAAACGUGGAGGAGCCCUGAGAAUUUUCAUCGUUAACGGAACGGCCGUCGGAUUUUUCGCCACGGGACCGAUGCCCACACAUAGCUUUCUAACGAUUUCGAGAUCUACCGCGAAAGCGGGCCUUGUUUAGUGUUCUGCGACGAAAUAUUUCGUUAAAAAUUUACGAGCAACGAUACGAACGUUUCGUCAAAAAGGUAUCACGCGAACAGUUUGUUAUUUUCUGGACCUAGAUAAAAAAUUUUAGCCGCGGUUAGGACGCUUAGAUCACCGGCGAUAAUUGAAUCGGAAACCUGAAACCUUGGAAGCUUUUGAUUCGCUAAAUUUGUUGACGUUGUUCGUUAGAUGCGAAAUGUAAAAUUGUUCGAUAGGUAAAAUAGCAAUAAGUUACAUCGGUACUCGACGAUCGAGAAGUUUCGCAAUUAUUAUAAAUACUUUUUCCUCCCCCAUUCGCUGAAACAGCUGUUUAGACAGAUCGUUACCACCCUAUAAACGAGCCAACAAAAUUUUCGGGGCUGCCAAUACCAACACACCAAAGUACUACAACGUUCGUGACUAAAAAACGUACAAAAUUUUUAACGGAUGAAACGUUGAAUGUUGAUUUAUUAUAACAACGUGUAAAAUGUUAGAACUUAAACGUCGCUGCUAGGCAUACGAAUAAGUCUGAAGAAAACGAUAAGAAUAUAACUAAUAACUAACGAAACAAAACGCUGAGAAUGGACGGGAAGAGAAGAGAGAAGUGGCGAAAAAAAAAAAAAACAGUAGGAGAGCGAUGAAAAGCCAGAAAUUUGCUAUAAAUAUAGUACCGAUAAUCGUACAAAUUUGUCCCCUCGGUUCUCGCGACCAGGAGAAGAAAUGCGACCGUCGUUGUUUGUCAUUUUUAGGACCUGCCCUCGUCGGAUGUGCACCCGGUCGACUUACUACUACUACUACUGUUACUCCUAUUAUUACUAUUACUGCUACUGUUACUGCUGCUAUUACUACUACUAAUACAUAACACACACGUUUGUACUUGCAACACUGGGAACGCACGUACGCACACAGAAGACAGAUACCCAAUUUUAAAAAGAAAAAGACAAAAAAAAAGAAUACUUACACACUGGUGUGAAUCGUUUACACGCGUACACGCACGACGCUCGUUCGAUCGGAUGAGACGCACGGUGUAGUCGAUGAACCACGACGCGACGGCUUGCAAUUUUAAUAGGAAUUUCCCAGAGUUGGAUUACUUUCAUAUUGCGCGUUCAAAAUUUAACUACAACCAGGCGAAAUUGAUGAAAUUGCGAUCUACGGCGAGUUCCAAUCGGAGCGAAUAAUAGAUGUCUUCGAUGUGUUGGAAAUCGAAGUAUUAGCGAAUUAGCAUCGUUAGUCGAAUCUUAAUCGAUCAGGAACGUUAUUUGAUAUCUAAUUUAUCUCUAUUUGUUUUAAAAAUUAUAAUUAAUCACGACUAUACCGGUUAAACUUAUCCAAUCGGUCACGAGACCGGUGUACAUAGCGUACGCUUGUUCGAAGAACACGAAAAGCAAACCAAAUGCGUCUUGUAUCUUCUACUAGAAUCUAUAUACAUACUACUAUACAUAUUAAUUGUAAAAUAUUCGAAAUUAUUGUUAAACGAGAAGUCGGUGUGAAAUUAGAUGAGACGGGGCGUAGAAUUUCGGCUCUUUUUUUAGGCGUAAGCGCGCGAAUUCGAUUUCUCAUCGUGGUAAACAAUUAUGAAUUUUUCGAAUAAAAUUGACGGCCGAGCGCAAAAGCCUCGGGCCCAUUAUUGGAAAGACGAACUUAUAACGAAUUGGUGCUUUGGAAUGUAUUAGACUGAAUUAUUGUUGUACGUUUUAAACGAAAAAAAAACGAUAAAAAAAAGUAAAACGAACACGAGGAAAUCGGGGGUAAACAAAAACCUGUGGGAGUUUUUGCUCCGCGUUUCGAUUUAAAAAGAAUUGGUAAAAUAUUAUUUCUAUUUGGAGCGUUUUAUAUAUACAAUAUAUUAAUUAUACUAUAUUCGCUAGGUUGCACACUUACACAUACACAUGUACACGUACACGUACACGGUAUUUUGCGUACAGUGAUGGGAAUCAAAUCGCCUUUGUGAUCGGAAAGUCGUUUCUAAGAAAGUUAUUUUAAGAAAUUAUCGAUACAUUCGUUGCAAUUUCGAUCGGUUCGUAAUUAAUUCGACGCUCGAGGACACUUUUAUCAUUAUGAAUCUUGUCCAAAACCAAUUUAACGCUAGAUUUAGUGUUUCCUUUUCUUUUAAUCAGAUUCAAGACAAAUUGCUAAUGUUUACGAGUUCCGUGACUGUGAAUCUAAUGUUGAAAAACUAUACUUUGACUUCGAGCGGCCGAUUUACUCCGAACCGACCGGAACGGGGCGAACGAGCGAGGGCCCCCGAGUGAAAUUUUUGUCCGAAACAUAAUCAGAGGGGCGCCCCCGCGUCGAUAAGCAAAAUUAGAAAUUCUGCGGUGACGCUUUGUGAUUCUAGUAGAUUUAGAUUUGUUAGAUUCGAUUGUAUUUCGAGAGUCAAAAUUAAAAUUCUUUAAGGGUAUUCGUUGAAAUCGAUCCAAACCAUUCGGUGGCGUUGUUUCUCUUUGUUGGCGAUCGAGACGGUCUUGAAUACUCGAAUAAAUUAACUAAGUCGGUGGUUCUCGUGUUUUUAGGGAUCGUGAAAAACAAAAUUUUUUAGCGGAACCACCGGUUUCACGCGAAUUUCGCGAAGUUUUCUAAAUUCGCAGCAGCGGGCGGUGGAGGAGAAGAAGGAGGAGGGUUAGGGGGGUGAACGAAAGGAAAUUUUUUUCGAGGAGGGGAAAAAGUCGCGUUGCGAUUCCCAACACUAAAUUCACACGUGUGUAUGCAAAACACAGACGCGAAUUAUUCAAAAAAAAAAAAAUCGACAAACAAGAUACUUUGUAUGUACAACAAUUAGCGGUUCUGUUUUUGAACGAAACUGAGAGUCUGAGAGUGUUGCGUGUGUGCGUGUGUGCGUGUGUGCGUGUGCGUGUGUGGGUUGCGUGGGCGAGUGAGAGAGAGAAAGACUCGGCGUGCACUCCGCCUGGAAUGUGAGAGGGGAGGGGGGAUUUGACAAAAAAGAAAAAAAAAAAAUGAAAAAUGGUGAAAACAUAAUAAGCGAGAAAACUUCGUCGCGCAGGUGCAAGGGAGAUUUUUUGCAAAUUGGCAAUGCGGCGGUGCAUUUCGACAUAAUUCGCCCGCGUGCGUUUAAUAGAAGUUACAUGACGUAGAUAUCCGUUAGGCACGCGCGAAUAGCGCCCCCAGGUAGAUAUCGAGAAACUCCAUUGGCGUGACUCGGGGGGAGAUUGUUACCAAAUUUGCGGAAUUGAAAAAUUCGUGGCCACCCUUUGCCACCGUUCGGAUACCAUAAAUUUUCACGAAUUGCUUAAAUUACAAAAGCUCUGCGCACGAUUCACGGAAAGUUUUGUACAAAUUUGUACGUUUCGAGUAAUUUAAAUUGAUUCCCGGCCGAAUCGAUUUUGCAAUUCCGCGGCCUGUCGAUCCUGAAGAGAUCCCCAAGUUCCCCGAUUAAAAACCACCCUGAAAAAAAAAAAUAAACUAGCAGGAAAAUAAAACGGGCUGUCGAAAGCUUGCUCGAAGUUUUGGGAAAGUUUUGGAGAGCCAAUUCGUGUAUUCCUGGUCCUUAAGAGGCUCCGAAUUUUUGGGGAUUCCGACGUAUUCACGCGUGCCUGAUAACUCACGUGUUCUCCGCAAUGGGCAUGCGAGGAGCCAUAUAUACAUCAACAAUAUUAUAUUCUAACGAUUACUAAUUAAUAAUGUACAAUAAUUUUAACGAUUGCUGGACGAUGAAGUCUUUAAGCAUGUAACAGCGUUGCACGAUGAAAGGGAGUAAGAUGUGCGAGACGGUGUGAGAGAGUGUGAGAGUGUGAGACAGCGACGAAACGAAUCCUGAAUGUACAGUUAACAAACGAAGAUAGAGAGCUAAAACCGGGCAGAAGCUACGAGAUAUGUAUUUGUCUUUUAAAAUCGAUGUGUAUUUUUUGCGGAGAAAACGAGGCGAGAAAUAUAUUUGGGGAAAGGACGAAAACCGUUGUUGCCGGUAUGUGUUUCACGGGGCUGACAACCUUUCUUCGCGAGUUCGCGAAUUCGAGUCAGAGUUCAUUGGUGGGACUCUAUUGCGUUAGAUUUCUCGGCGAUCGGAAGAAUUUUUAACGAACAGUGUGUUCGCGAUAAAAAAAUAUAUUUAGUCCGCCUUCUUGUUAGUUCGUUGGUAUUCUUUUGUUGCUUGGAGUCUUUCGAAAAAUUUUUUUGUGCAAUCACGAUUCUGGUUUCAUUUUCUUUUCAUUAAAAAUUCUUUGAAACCGCAUCCAAAGAUUAUAGUCGACGUUGUAAAAAAAAAAUUCGAUGAAAUUCGCGUUGCAAAGAAUUUCGAUCCCUUCGAAACGUUAAUCGUGAACGUUCUUCUUGUAUCGUUUCUGAAGAAUUUAAUAUCUCGACGAAUUCUUUGAUCCCCCUUGAAGAAAUUUUGCUUCGGGGGGAUUGGUUUUGCAUAUUAUUUUGAUACGAAAGGAAGAAAAAAAAACGAUUCUCAAGCUCAAUUUUCCAUUUUAUAAUCCACCUUAGUAUUGUGAAUAUAAAUUUUUGUAAAUUCGACGAAUCGAAAAUUGAUUUUUUGAGUCCGUUUCGUUUUAAAUGUAAUCGAUCGUGUUUCAUUGAGUAAAUGCAAUACUGUGAACCAUGAUGAAACGAGGAAACUAUCCCUCGCCCCUUUAUUCUGUAGUUUUCGGGGAAAUUUUACGACUCUUCCAGGGCGGUUGCAAUCAAUUUUCUCUCAGAAUUAGAACGAGAUCGAAAAUUCGGAAAUUAUCGUGAUCGAAGAAAUGUCAUAAAAGAUUUCAAAUUUUUCUAUUCGUUUGUACGGAAACACUGAAUAUUAUGUAAAAUCGCCCUCGAAGGGGUCGAAGGCGAUCGAACCCUGCUAACAAGUACAAGUAAAAAUGAAAAAAAAAAAAACACAUAAGUAACAAGAAACGAGGGUGUGUUAAAUAAUUUUCAAUGUAAAGUGUACACCAGCAACGUCUAAGAAAAAAAUCGUUAAAGAAUUUAUUUUCCUGAGAAUCCAAGAGGCGUUCAAAGUUUAUAUUGAUAACAACCAAACGAAAAAGAGUAUUUAUUUUUCUUACACAGUAUUGCACGCCUUUUGAUUAAGGGUUUGGAAGUAGGGGGAGGGGGGGGGGGGUUGGGGGUGUGGAGUGCGCAGACGCUAGGAAAACGACGAGCGACAAAAAUUUCACCGAAUGCCGAAAUAUGAGAUAAGUUCGAGGGAUAAUAACGUUCGUGAAAACGAAAUACAAUAUACUGGGGGGGUGCAGAAAUAUUAUCUCCAAGGUCAACACUUAUUUCCCCCCCCACCAUCUUUAGCUUUUUUUGUCCGGUCGUGGCAUCUCUCACGGUCUUUUGAUCUCAAUAUUCCUCUUCUGAUCGAGAGGCGGUAACUGACUUGGGGUUGGCCACGCCCAUUCGGGAGAAUUUCAGAGUUCGAGAGUAUAGCGACCUUGAGGACGAUGAAUCUGCGCCCCCAAAAUGUAAUUACGUAGGGAUAAGGGGACAGAGAACGCCGAACGCGCGAAAAGAAGCGAGAACGGAGAAUACACGCAGAAGCGAAGAGUUCAAAGAGAGUUGCAUUGUGUACAUAAUAACGCAGGGAAAAGGGAGCAGGGACGAAGAAAUGAAAAGAAUAAAAAAAAAAAAACAUACCGUGAAAUACAGAGGGUAACCGAACGACACCUUUGUAAAUUAGCUUUGUACAUUGUCCCUCCUGUUUACUUUUUGUCUUUAUUUUUCGUUUAUUGUUGCCGGAUGGGCCCGGAGUGGAGGACUGCACGCGUUUGUUUAUCGUUCGAAGCUUCGAGGGAAAUUUAUUGUUGCCAAUCGACCGACACGUGGGCAGAGGAAACGAUUUUGAUCAAAAUGAUCGGAGAAAUUUUUUUUUAUUUGCUUUCAACCGUAUUUGGGAAGCACGGGGCAUUGGAUAUUUGGAUUUCGUGAUCUACGUUCUUUGUUUUUUUUUAAUUGCUUGGAACAGUUAAAGUUUUGUGAACUGUUUGUAAAUUGCUGGGCAAUUCCAAAAGAAAAGAAAAGUGUGUUCCAUUAUUUACAGCGUACUUAUCUGUAAAAUAAUUAACGAAACGAAAUUUACAAAUGUUGAGAUAACGUUUUCACUAUCGUCGAUGUUUCCAUCUUGAGGCUCUGUUAUGUAUAUAAAUAAAUAUACAUAUACGUGUAUACAUACAUAUAUAAACAUAUAUUUUUCUGGGAUAAAAAGUAACUACAAUGACGUAUCCGACCUCGUGGACGCAAUAAAAAUUCAUAUAAUCGAUUAUGCAAUGGGCAUCAGGGUGUAGCGUAAUAGAGAGAGUGAGAGACAUUAUAAAGAGAUGACUAUUUUUUUUAAACAAAACACGAUGGUGGAGCAAGGGACUGGAGCUUCUUUUUUUCGAAACAUCCGAUGAGAAUUUGUUCGCGUCUUUGUUUCCCUUUUUUUUUUUCUUCUUUUCACUUGACGAGUUUACUUCGAAUCACUCUGCCUACGCGUCGAACUACGUGUAUGAAAGUUUUAUUGUAAAAAGAAACCAAUCUUCAUGAAUUAUAUACGAAAUUGAAUUUACAAUUAUUUAUAUUACAUUAACGACAUAGUAAUAAUUGUACGAACUAUAUAUAAUAUUUAUUACGCGUGAGUAUAAUUCAUGAGAAUUAUAUAUAAUAAUACAACAAAAUUUCUCUCAUAUUUUUCAAUAAUUGUGUCCCAUGGAAGACAGUUUCGACAGGAUCGCGAAAUUUAAUAAGCUUGAAAGGGAAACUGGUCGAUUUUAUUGUAAAAAGUAAAACCCAGCGAAUGUAAAUUAAAAAAAAAAAGACUAUGAUUUACAUUUUACGAAAGCUCUUCGACCGUGGAAAAUGGAUCACACAUUAAUGAAAAAGAAAAAAAAAAGAAAC